CCCAACAUAUGCACGCAAAAUGACAUUACUUUUGGGCUCAUGUGAAGUCGCUUGAGUUAAUCUCAAAAUCAACACUCGUUUCUGAUUUCUCCAAUUAAAAUAGCUUCUUCAAUUAGCGACUUCUCUCUGUAGCCUCUCCAUUGCGUCCGAGUUCAAACCGCACCCUCUUUCUCUCUCGCUCUCUCGCUCUCUCUCUCUCUCUCUCUCUCUCUCUCUCUCUCUAUUAUGAGUAAGAAGAAGCGAGUGCUGAUAGUGGGAGGCACAGGCUACCUGGGGCAGCACCUCCUGCAAUCCUUCGCCGAUGCAGAUUCUCAACUCGCUCUUGCAUUCACGCACCAUUCCGCUCCUCCUCCCGCGCUGCUCAAUGCCAUUCCUCACGCUCUUCCUUUCAGCUUAGAUUUACGCACCUGCGACGGCCUCGAUGCCAUCUCCGACGCAUUCGGCCAGCCCGAUGUGGUGAUCAAUUGUGCUGCCUUAUCCGUCCCUCGCGUCUGUGAGAUGGAUCCAGAAGCUGCCAUGUCGAUAAAUGUGCCGACUGGUCUAGUGAAAUGGUUAUCAAGCUUUAGAGAGGCUAGUCUGCUGAUUCAUCUCUCAACUGACCAAGUUUAUGAAGGAACCAAAUCUUUCUAUCAGGAAGAGGAUGAGACUGCUCCUGUAAAUGUUUAUGGAAAAUCUAAAGUCGAAGCAGAGCAGUACGUGUCCGCACACUGCCAAAACUAUGCAAUUUUGAGAAGCAGUAUAAUUUAUGGACCGCAAACCAUAUCUCCCGUUCCCAAAUCACUUCCAGUACAGUGGAUGGAUAGUGUUCUUGCUAAGGGAGAGCCAAUGGAUUUCUUUCAUGACGAGUUCCGUUGCCCUGUCUUUGUGAAGGACCUUGUUGCUGCCAUACAAAUACUGACUAACCGAUGGAUCACAGAGGCUAAGCUAGUGCGGCUGCUUCUGAAUGUGGGAGGGCCGGACCGGGUGUCACGGGUUCAAAUGGCUGAGGCCGUUGCACACGUCAGGGGAUAUAGUACCUCGUUGAUCAAACAAGUUUCUGCUUCAUCGGUCGAUCGUGGUGUGAAAUCGCCUUGUGAUAUUUCCAUGGAUAUCACCAAGCUGGUUCAGACAACAGGUAUUUCUCCGACUUGUUACGCCGAAGGCGUCAGAUCGACACUCGAAGCUGAAGCUAAAAGCGCGGCAAAGCCAUGAUUUGAUUGAGGUAAGCUUGUAGUAAAACUUCUCCGUUCCCUUUGAGAAUUCAUGUCUCACGCUUAGCUGCAGAUACAAUUCACAGAAACAAUCUGCAUAUGUAAAAGCCUAGAGGAAUUGGAUUUCCCCCCCCCCCCCCCCCCCCCCGAUGUUUUCUAUGUUUAAUACAAAUGGAUAAACUCCAAAUCAAAAUGACAGCUUGUAAACAAUCUUGUGUAAGGCUUGAUUAUAGGGAAGAAGCAUUUUAUAUAA